AUGUCGAAAAACUCAGAAGAAAACAUAUCAUCUGCUACAAAUAGUGAAACGUUGCCGACGACUGCGGAUCGUGAACCACCGCAAUCAUUGCAGCACCAGUCAAUGACGUACGGACCACCCCAGCCAUUGGCACCGCAACCACUUAGCGUGUUGACUUAUCAUCCUCGACAGUUGCCGUUGCAGUUGAUGACAAAUAUGAUUCCACCCACAUCACAGAUACCGAUGGCGCCGGACAGCGUGUACAUGCAGAUGCCACUGUACCGGAACCCGCCGCCGCACACGUAUCAGACUGCAUCUGCAAUGCCGCCGUACCAGAACCCGCCACCGCAUACGUAUCAGAUGCAAAUGCCGACGUAUCGGAACCCGCCGCCACACAUGUAUCAGACUGCAUCUGCAAUGCCGCCGUACCAGAACCCGCCGCCGCACAUGUAUCAGAUGCAGAUGCCGCUGUCCCGGAACCUAUCGUCGGACACGUAUCAGACUGCUUCUGCAAUGCCGCCGUACCAGAACCCGCCGCCGCACAUGUAUCAAAUGCAGAUGCCGUCGUACUGGAAUCCGCCGCCGCACACGUAUCAGAUACAGAUGCCGCCGUUCCGGAACCCACCACCACCACAUACGUAUCAGACUGCAUCUGCAAUGCCGCCGUACCAAAACCCAUUGUCGGACACGGAUCAGACUGCAUCUGCAAUGCCGCCGAACCAAAACCCAACUUCGGACACGGAUCAGACUGCAUCUGCAAUGCCGCCGAACCAAAAACCAUCGUCGGACACGGAUCAGACUGCAACUGCAAUGCCACCGUACCGAAACCCAACGUCGGACACGUAUCAGACUGCAACUGCAAUGCCACCGAACCAAAACCCAUCGUCGGACACUGAUCAGACUGCAUCUGCAAUGUCGCCGUACCGGAACGCAACGUCAGACACGUAUCAGACUGCAACUGCAAUGCCACCGUACCGGAACCCAACGUCGGACACGGAUCAGACUGCAUCUGCAAUGCCGCCGAACCAAAACCCAUCGUCGGACACGGAUCAGACUGCAUCUGCAAUGCCGCCGAACCAAAACCUAUCGUCGGACACUGAUCAGACUGCAUCUGCAAUGCCGCCGUACCGGAACGCAACGUCAGACACGUAUCAGACUGCAACUGCAAUGCCACCGUACCGAAAUUCAUUGUCGGACACGUAUCAGACUGCAACUGCAAUGCCACCGUACCGAAAUUCAUUGUCGGACAUGUAUCAGACUGCAACUGCAAUGCCACCGUACCGGAACCCAACGUCGGACACGGAUCAGACUGCAUCUGCAAUGCCGCCGAACCAAAACCCAUCGUCGGACACGUAUCAGACUGCAACUGCAAUGCCACCGUACCGAAAUUCAUUGUCGGACAUGUAUCAGACUGCAACUGCAAUGCCGCCAUACCGGAACCCAACGUCGGACACGUAUCAGACUGCAUCUGCAAUGCCGCCGUACCGGAACGCAACAUCAGACACGUAUCAGACUGCAACUGCAAUGCCACCGUACCGGAACCCAACGUCGGACACGUAUCAGACUGCAACUGCAAUGCCACCGUACCGAAAUUCAUUGUCGGACACGUAUCAGACUGCAACUGCAAUGCCACCGUACCGAAAUUCAUUGUCGGACAUGUAUCAGACUGCAUCUGCAAUGCCGCCGUACCGAAACCCAACGUCGGACACGUAUCAGACUGCAACUGCAAUGCCACCGUACCGAAAUUCAUUGUCGGACAUGUAUCAGACUGCAUCUGCAAUGCCGCCGUACCGAAACCCAACGUCGGACACGUAUCAGACUGCAACUGCAAUGCCACCGUACCGAAAUUCAUUGUCGGACAUGUAUCAGACUGCAUCUGCAAUGCCGCCGUACCGAAACCCAACGUCGGACACGUAUCAGACUGCAUCUGCAAUGCCACCGUACCGAAACCCAACGUCGGACACGUAUCAGACUGCAACUGCAAUGCCACCGUAUCGGAACCCAACGUCGGACACGUAUCAGACUGCAACUGCAAUGCCACCGUACCGGAACCCAACGUCGGACACGUAUCAGACUGCAUCUGCAAUGCCGUCAUACCGGAACCUAACGUCGGACACGGAUCAGACUGCAUCUGCAAUGCCGCCGAUGUGGCCUCGUCACUGCGUUCAACCGAUAAGGACUUGGGAAACGAUGAGACCGGAAGCGCUGCAGGUCCAGCUGUCACAAAGGCUAAAUAACAUUGAGACUCACGUUGCCACCAUGCACCAAAACGUCAGCUUCGUCCAGGACGAGGAAUCGUACGUGUCGUACUACUGCUCAGACUGUUUCACGGUCAUGUAUUCUCGUGACAGCGUCGAACCGAAUGCACCGCUCGAAAUAAGGCGUCAACUGAAAUGGGAGUACAUCAUGCGUAAUCUGGUCAGCAGAUUCCUGGAUAACGGGUUUCAUACCGAUCGCCACGAUGACGGUGAUGCAGAUCACCACAGCGACGACUCCGAUCUUGAAUUCGCCGCCAGCAAUCCCGGACCGAGGGUGCCAUAG